CUCGUGAGGGGGUCAUCAAACUCAUCAUCACGUGUGAGGUCAUUGAGGGUUGCGGCUUAUCUGCUCGAGAAACAGCUGGGAUUUCCAUUUCGUGGUGGAAAACGAGCAGCGAACUACACUGUUUCUUAAAGGUCAGCGUCUUCCUGUAGUGCAUGUGAUCUGCAGCAAGAAAUCCAAGCAUCCACUGAUCCAAGUCUCCAUCCUGUUCAAUGAGACGGUGAUAGAGAGCGAACCAUGGGGUGCUGCUUUGGACGCGACGAGGACAAACGCACGCAGGUUGAAUCCCCUGAUGAGAGAAGUCGUCUUCUUACGGACCCUGCCAGACACCAAUCCAGUCGGCCCAUAAACAGUGAAUAUGGCGGCCAGAGUCCCUCGUCCUUGAAGAAGGGCGACGAGCAGUCGGAGUUAAACCGAAUCCUCCACAAAGCAGCCAAUGAUGUGAUAGAUGUAUCGGCCAUAGACUCACAUACAAUGGAGCAGCACGAGUACCUUGACAGGGCUCGAACGUACAGCUCGCGAGUAGCAGUAGUUGUUACGGGAACCAAGAAGUCACCCUCCAGUUUAUUAGUCUUGCCACAAGGCGUGUCUGUGCCCUACACAGUGCUGGCAGACGAACCAGUCUCUCUAGCAGAUAUCAACUUGAUUGCAGUUGCUGCCGAGAACGCCUCCAAGGCCGUCAGUGGCGUGAAGGUCAAGCACAAGGAGGACUUAGUGGUGCAGUUCCCACUCACAUAAUCGUCAAUCAAAUGACCCCCGAAAAAUGAUUACAUGUAUAUAUAAAACAGUGUUGUACUAGAAACCAUCAUAAGACUAUUCACAAAACCAGGGACAUGUUUUGCCGGCCCCUAACCAGAAACUCGUCCGUGAUGUCAAAGCAAUAACAGGGAAUAUGUUAAGGGUGGCCCACAGAAACAACAAGACAGAAAUGGUUACAUCUUCUGACAGAGGCAAGCACAAGGAGGCAGACGAUUUCACUAGUGCUCCUGGUGCUGCUCUCUCUUUUCACGUACGUUUUAGAAGAAAGUAUCUCUUUGAUUUGCCGCAUGUAGCAACAGCUUUUGAAAUGUAUAAUUCACUUCUUUAAGGGGCGACCAAAGUUGUCUGUUUACUUUCCGCCAUUUUGAGGUGGUGCCGAACCAGCACCAACCGCGUUCCGUCAGAACGAUGAUGUCACGGAGGCAUAACCAAAAGUCACAAAAACAUUUAACCAGAGCUGAAACAUGUUCAUGGUUCAGGUCGCCAAAACAUGCCCCAGUAACCAGUAACAGGGUGAGCGGUGACAAAGGAGUGCUUUUGUUGCUGUUCAUUGGAAUAGUCAGGUAACUUGGACUGAGACUCGUGAUAGUCUUAAGAGGUUUCAACUACAAUACUGAUGUAAAGACGCAUGACGCACAACACAGUGAAGUGGGCCAGAUGCAUUUUAGCUGUGUUUUCCACCCAUUGUCAAAACUUGCUUCAAGUGUUUCAGCACACCAGAAUAUUUCACAACAGAGCACUGCAUGUUCUUACAGAGAAAAUAAUGCCUUUUUUUUUCAGUCAAAAGGGCAUAUAGGGACCAAAUCUAAUCUACCUGUCAGGCUUGACAUUAAAAUGGACAUAUUUAAAGAGAGAAAUCACUCUGUGGUUCUGAUCCAGUUACAGCGUUUGUGAGAAUGCACCUGAAGAACAGGGUAAUGGAGUGCUCAGAGUGUGGCAAAUACUUGUAUGUGGAACCAUCAGGAAAUCUCUGAAUGACACAGUAACUUUACUGCUCCACUGUACUGUGUCUCGCGUCAUAUACAUUACAGGCACCUUUUAAAGUGCCGACGUCCCGUGCAUUACUUUUGCUCAUAUCCAGCACCUCUCAGUCCAAGUGAACUGAAGGAAGCACCGGUGAAGCACUUUUGGACAGCUUCCUGUCAAAAUCAGUCCACAGGCAAUUCCCCUUGCGUGCAUGCCACAGGCAGAUGGACGUGUUGACCCGCGUCACUGCUCAAACGAAUUUCAUCCAAUGAAAGAUCAAGGAUACGUUGUCAAGGGUUCUUGGGGAAAUUGAACCCAAACCAGCACCGUUGAUACCGUGCAGGGGUGCGAAUAAACUGCAUAUUGUCAAGGAGUGAGGGUUGUGGUGUAGAAAGGGGCAACGUUUGCCCUUGGCAUUCCUGGGAUUGCACAGGUAAUGUUACCCUCAUACUGAAGCAUUGCUCAGUUGCAAAAACAACCUGCUGAGAUAAAUGUGACCCAUCCUUCUAAAACCAGGCCGAAGGAGCUGACUUCGUAUCCGAUGACGUAGUGGGACUUCCACUGUUCGCGGAAUUUCCACAGUUUUCGUUGCUCAUAAUUACCAAAGCUUUCUGCAGAAAGAGUUUAGAGUUUGGAUUACUUUGAAGUGUAUUGUAAAAAACAGUGAGGGAGAGCCGUUACUUGAUAUCGGAAUUACCUACUUCAGUCUGGAUUUGGAAUGAUGGGUCAAAAAUGAGAAUGCAUAUGAUGUGGGAGCACAAGCCCUCAAUGCGUUUUUGUGCAAACUUUUUUUUUUCGUCAGCUUGAAGCAAUAUGUUAAUUGGUACGUUUUUCUAUAAAAUGUAUGUUAUACCAGUCUGUCGUGGGUUGUAACUGAACCCCAAUUACACAAGCUGUGCAGUGGCUUUACAUGAUUUACGGAAUACAGAAAUAACUGCCUACAUCUGUUGUCUGUGUGGAAACCUGAGCAGGUACGGAUGAGCACAGCAUGUCUUUAGCCAUGUUGGAGUUACCUGGCUGUGGCUAAAAUAUGACACAUGUUGCACUGGCUGCUGACAUCUCUCAUAUACUUAUGUGUUGCUCCCUGCCACAGCCACUCUGAUUGGGACAGGGCCUUUUUGGAGGUCGUUUAUUAGCUAGUAGACCUUGGGACUGAUUCCAUGGAGUUGUUACCCAUUCAGUUAUUUGCUUAGCACAGGCACCGUUCUGCCUUUCAGCAAGGAAUCAAAAUGCCUCAUGGUGCAUGCUGCUUGUGACCGUUUCUUAGCUAGCUUUUCUUGGCUUAUCAAAAGUAUUUGUCAAAUGAGACUCCAUGGAAUUGGGCCCUCACCUUGUAUCAUUUUGGAUAUGCAUUAUCCCAUAUUCAUAAACAUAAACUGUAAACUUCAUUCUACCCGUUUCUUCAGUUAAAUGUUUUAUGAGUUAGUAAUUAAUACUUCAAUGCAUACAGCACUGGCCAUUUAUGUGGUUGUGUUGAGAGGCGGCAGUUUAUGCUUUGUCAUGCAAGUGCAGCCUCACUUUGGUCUCAAUUGGGCAGUUUUGUGCAGAGUACAUUUAUGAGCUCUGAAUGGUAGAUUCAUGGGGUGAGGUCACUGGACUAUAGGAUUUUGGGGCUAUCUUUAAGUGAUUGCUAGUAUUUUGUUUGUUCAUCUUCUCUGUACAUCUUUAAGGGUAAAAGCUUUUUUACAUCCAAAAAAAAAAAAAGAUUUUUGUGUCAGAGUAA